AUGUCUUCAGUCUCGGGAGAGGAUCACAUGCUUAACGAAAGCAGGAGAUCACCCAACCUUAAUGGGGUACCCCUCAAUCUGUCGCUAAAUCCAAUCCUCAAUACCUAUCGAUCAGAAGUACAAACGGUGCUCUGUGAAGGGAAAAAAUUCGUAUCAAACUCUCGGGUGGAUGUUCUGACGGUCUCGGGACCCAAAAGCGAAACAGAUUAUCGUAGAGACCAGGAUGACUCUCAAGUCCAGGCGAUACUUGAUUCCCUCAAGCUAGACGCAGACGAUCCGACUCUUGUGGCUUUAUGCAUCAAACUUGAGGAAAACUCCAGCGCAACAUAUAAGUUCACGCCCUCUAUCUCGAAAACUCUUCUUACCCAUCUCUUCAACGAUUAUAACAUCAACAGCAACUUCUUGCUCGAUCUGUUCGGGCGCCCGAACUACUGGUCAGCGGUAUCUCAACGUAAAUAUGACACUGCUAAGAAACGUGAGAUAUUUGAAUUCCAUUGUCAACAACCACGAUGGCAUCACAGUGAAUGGUACGACAAAGAGAGAACGGGAGACACAACAGCCUCGGAGUGUAAUAAGGCACCCUGCUCUGUCUACAUGUCAUAUUCCGAGACUACUGACGCAUCCAUAUACUUAAUCGUGGCACCAGAUGAGGACAUCUGGUUUUCUUUCAUCGGUCUGAUACAGCUUGGCUCCGUUCCUGUUAACAAUCAGCUAGUUACAGGACAUGACUUGGCAAAGAGUCCUUUUCUUAUACACGCGAUGGUCUCCAACAUUGGUUUGGAAAAGGCUGCUAAGCACAUUACUGAGACACAGGACUUGCUAAUGGACCAACUCAGACGGGUCGAUAAAUACACAGAAAGCUUGAAAAUGAGUGAAAAGAAAAACCGAGAUACUCACGAUUCUGACUCGAGGGAAAUGCUAUCUUCAAUCACACGAGAGCUGCAUUACGUAUCGCAAUUGCUAGACAUAGGGCUUGCACGUUCAAGGUCAGCCGUGAAGCUCAGCGCCAAAUUACUCCAAUCUCAUGAACAAUUUUGUCAUCAAACUGGCCGAGAACGGCUAGGUAGAGCAGCAAGUCAAACACAAGCGGCGAUCCAAUACAUACACGACUCGUAUGUAUGCCAGCACAGCUGGUUGGAGCAGUUCAAAGCACGGAAGGAAACGGCCAUGCAAUUGGUGUUUAAUAUGGUCACUCAGGGUGACAGCGCCAUCAAUCUCAGGACUUCUUACAGAAUGUCGCAAGAUAGCGCUUCAAUCUACGCCAUCACAGUUCUCGCCAUGGUUUUUGUCCCAGGUAAUUUCACAGCGGCGUUGUUCUCCUGUGUUGCGUUCCGAGCCACAGAAUCUGGCGCCAUGGAAAUCACGGAUUGGCUCUUACCGUUUAUACUUAUAACAGUAAUCUUAACAUUGACCGUGAUCACACUGUGGUUAUCUCAUGAGAGAAUUCAAGGCUUUUAUCAUGCAGUGGCUCGAAGAUUACAGAAGCAAACAGCUAGAUCAAGGAGGGUUCUUAACGCUAUGCCAUAA